CGGAGUGGGAAACGGCAGUGUGAUCCUUGGUGGGUUACCAUAACGUAUAAGUAGUGAUUGCGAGCGAGAAUUUGCCAUUUUAACGAGACUAACUGAGGUAAACGGAUCAAUUGCAUCGUGCAGGAAGAAACAAAGCAGCUGAUGUUGUAAUGUCAUGGCGCCCAAAUGCAGCUCAUGCCGAGGGCUAUUCGACUCCUGCAAGCGACUCCCUCUCCUGCUCCCAAACUGCGGCCACACCUGCUGCAAGGCGUGUCUCGUGCGCCUCGUGCAGCACCGCGGUUACCUGUGCUCCGUCUGCAGGACAAAGCAAGGAGUCUCAGAUGUAGACGAUCUCCACGUGAAUCAUUCCCUGCUGGAGGAAAUUCUCUCUAUGGGUGAAGAAACGCCGGAGCCUCCGAGCGCGGAUGAAGCCGCCUGCACGCGGCACCCCGGCGUGCGUCUGGCCUUCUGGUGUAUCACGUGCCGCUCCGCCCUGUGUGGGGAGUGCGUUGUGGAGAUGCAUCCUCGGCCGGAACAUCAGGUCGCCCGGUUUCAAGAGGUCAUGGUGGAGAGAAGACGCCACGUGCAGACGGCGCUGCAGACGGUCAUUGACGACAUUGAGAAAACGACGAAGGACUGCCAGAAAGAAGGGGAGGACACUGGCGCCCACAACAAGGCUCUCGAGGACCUUUCCCAGACAAUCCUGGAAAGUGCGCUGAAGUUAGUGCUUGCCGCAACCAUUCUCGAGAGCCAGAGAAUCGACGUCAAAGACGAUGAAAGAAAGUUUAAGAAGCUUGAAGAAACUGCAUGCAGAAUGUUCUGUGACAUCCCUCGAGACAUCUCGGGAUGGGCUGGCAUUAAGGUUCUUCAGACGUAUGCAAAGGAGGUAGAGGAGUUCAAACACAACGUAUAUAAGAACAUCAGCGCUAAAGAAACGCACAGAAAUCUACACUAUAACGCUUCCAAAGAAACCGCGAAAGCCGUGGCAGCGAAUUGCAACGAACUCAUUAAGCAGGUCACGUCGCAAUGGCCCGACCGUCACAUGACACUAGAGAAGGCUGGAGGGUUGCGAGCAAGGCUUCAAUAUGCGGACAAGCGGCUUCACUUUCACUGCCCCCAAAAAGCUUCAAAGGAUGAGACGAUAAUGCAGAUGAAGCACUGGAGCCUCCUGCAGUGCCUAACGACACAAGCGCAGGUGCUCGUCUUCGUCGACCUGCACGACAGUGAGCUCGGAGACACGAAAAGGGUGUACAUCAACAUGACGUCGGAGCACACCCACAGUCAACACUUCCUGCGCCUCUGCGCCGGCCACCACAAGGCGUCCUUCCUGAACAAUGCGCUGACGACAAAGCGUGAAGACAGCAGUACAGUCGUUGUCGUGCUGGCAGCCCUGAAUGGAAUCGCGGCGGAUAAAGGGAAUGAAACAGCACCGAUACAGCUGCAGAAAGGAAAUGUGGUGUCCAUAUCGGGAGAAGUGACACAGGUGUGUGUCGUGAUGGAGGCCAGGCCAGGGGCGACCUUGGCUUGCACCCAUUUAGGAAAGGUCACAUCGGGACUAGAUGCGGUCAUCAAGAGCAACGGCAAUCUUGCCAAAGGAAAAGUUUGUGUCAAAGACUGUGGGUUUGCGUGGCAAAUUUAGCAUUCGCAAGUGGACUAAAUGCAAUACUAAAAUGGCUGAUGUAGAAUUGAUUCACUUUACCCCAUCACGUUUCAUCUCUGUCCUGUCGACCGCGGUAUGUAUUGACACCACUCAUCACGUCAGGUCACGUCACCGUUCCGUGAACAGCUUCGCCCAGCUCGAACUCAUCCAAGUAAUCCUGGUGGCCCAUACGCUUGGGCUGAAGAAGAUAAUUGCACUGCUGUUAGAGGAACACGUCAACUCAAAAAUACAAAAAAGGAUAUGGUUACAUAAAGUCCUGAGGAAAACACAAGUUGAAGGUGAAUACUUUUUUACAUUUUUUCAGCAAUUUCGAGUGUCAACAUUUAAAUUUAACCAUUUGUUAAAGAAGAAGUUCUCGUUCCAAGAACACUACUUUUCGGAUACCAAUUACACCAUAAAACAGACUGGCUGUAAACUGGCUGUAAGCUGAAGGAAUGGAACCAGCACGCCACGUUGGAAAGAAUCCGUGCCGUUACGUGAUGUUACAUGACGGUGUAGUGUGAAUUUGCCCAUUUAUUUACCUAGAAGUAUUGACGUGACGUGAUGAGAUAUGACGGUAUGCUGAGAAUCAGCCCUAACGAGGAAGAAAUAAUAGAAUAUCGACGAGAAAAUUCCCUGACCAUAUUAUGCUAUUAUUUUGUUACGAAUUUCAGUGGUUUGGCUUUAAAUAUUUACCUAACGACUGUAUGUAUUGGCUACUUCUUUAGCAAUGAUUUUAUCACAUAAAGGGGAGUCGUACAUAUUUUAAAUUUCACUAGACUUAAUAUGAUAGUACAACGUAAGGCGCAUUUUUGGCGGCCGGUUAUUUCAAGAUUUCAUGAAAAAUCUUGAAACUUCUUGCUCAUUCCAGUUUUUGACGGGGUCAGAUAUCUUGGUCAAAGAAUUUUCACACUUUCUCUAGCGGAAGCUUCCAAGUUUCAUGCCACAGUAGUAAAGAAACCGCCAACAUGGCCGACCGAUGUGAGGGAUUUCGAUAAAAAUCCUCUAUUAAAUUUAUUAUUUUGUCGCCAAUAGAUAAGUAUAUAAACUACCCAACUGUGGUCCUAUCUGUGCCGACCAGGAACAUGAAUUGGAUUAUAUUACUAGCUUUAUUAAUUUCUAAAAGAUAAAUACUAGCUAGUUAUGAUUGUAAUAUGGCCCCCUUGGCGAUGUUCGAAGAAAAUUUUCAUUCAAAACUCGCAGUUUGAAAAACAGACAUUUGCUCUUAAUAACAGAUAUUAUCCUUUUAUAAACUGUUGCUCUAAUAUGUUUUUAUUUAAUUUAUUCAAAACAUUUUAUGCUACAUAGUAUAUUCCUGAUUAAAAAUAAUAUUAGUCUUUAUCUCUUCGUCAGGUAAUACAAAAACAAGACGUGAAAGAUUACCUAAAUUCACUCUGAUUACCAAGAGCGUUCAGUCCGUUUUCUGCUGCAAUUACUCCACUACGAGCCUAGGUCUAUAUAAGCUACUCAAAUUCGUCCGUCUCGCGCAUGACGUCACAGGGCGUAUAGCAAUAUUGUGUGUGUGUGUGUGUAUGUGUGUGUGUAUGUGUGUGUGUGUGUGUGUGUGUGUGUGUGUGUGUGUGUGUGUGUGUGUGUGUGUGUGUGUGUGU